AUGGAAGCCGAUCACACUGACACUUGCAGAGAAGAGGCCGAGGUGCUGGGGACCGAGGCGAGGGUCCACGUCCGAGUGACAAGGUGUCAAGUAGGGACGCGGUCCACUCCCAUUGCCACUGGUUGCACCAUAUACCCUAAGUUCUGCGAGAUCAACCUGGUUGCGGUGUCUUCCAUUUACUUGGCGGGCAAAGUGGAGGAGCAACGCUUGCGUACUCGUGACAUCAUCAGCGUGUCCACCAGGUACUUUAACCUGAGCAGCGAGCCCUUGGAGCUGGACUCGCGCUUCUGGGAGCUCCGAGACAGCGUCGUGCAGUGUGAGCUCCUCAGGCUCAGAAUUCUGCGCUUCCAGGUGUCCUUCCAGCAUCCACUCGAGUACCUGCUCCACACCCUGAUUGCCCUCAAGAAUUGGCUGAACCGUCACAGCUGGCAGCGGACCCCCACCUCUGUCACAGCUUGGGCCCUGCUGCGGGGCGGCUACCCUGGUCUGUGCCUCUGGCUCCAGGCUCAGCACCUAGCCGUGGCAGUGCUCUGCCUGGCGCUACGGGUCUACGGAGUUGAGGUGCCUGCUGAGGCCGAUUUAUACCAUGGACACACAGAUCCCCUAAGGCCCUGGUCCAGGCCUGCCCAAAGAGAAGCCCAGAAUGGUCGACUGCCUGGCGACGGUGCCACCAUGUCUCUGUGA